AAACGAUAUCAUUUUAGCGUGGGGCUGAUGUGUUUGUUUGUUUUGUCCGCUGAAACUCAUAAAUGUCACGAUACCUACAUGCGUUAUGACGGAUUGGUGAGUUGUGAAGAGAUCAUACUACCUCUCGAAGUGCCCAGAAGCAUCCAAAACUUCACUUUACACAGAUACAAUAUCUCAGUUUUAACCGAGAGAGCGUUUUCAGCCAAUGGGACCGAAAUGGACUUGCGCGCGCUGUCACUGCAGGACAACAACAUACAGGUGAUCGAAAGUUGUGCGUUUUGUGGACUCCCCCGACUUCUUUCCUUAGAUUUGAGUCACAACCGUUUAAUGGUUGUGCCCCCUGGAGCUUUUUAUGGCUUGGAACAGCUACGUAAUCUUAACCUCAGUAACACCUUAAUGACUUCGGGCGCGAGCCAAUUACCACUCGCGCUGUCCACGGAUAAUUUGUGCGAUCUUCAAAGAUUGGACCUAUCUGGAAACCGUUUGGAGGUCAUUCCUCUUUCUGGGUUUGGCAACCUCAAUUUAACCACAUUAAUACUGACAAAUAAUUCCAUUGCGACCUUGGAUAGUCACAAUUUAGCGAAAUUAAACGAGUUCAAGGAAAUACGUAUUUACUUAUCACAGAACCCGUUCGAGUGUAAAUGUGGCAAACUGAAGGAGUUUUAUGAUUGGCUGAAGAAUAGCUCCCAAUGCGCAGACUCCAAUAGCCUGAAAUGCGCGCAACCCGAAAAGAAGAAGAACAGGCACGUGAUGGAUCUAGAAAAGAGGGACAUGGAGUGCCAAAACUUGGAUGCCGGUUCUUAUGUGCUUCUCGGCAUUGUGUUGGCCCUCAUUGGAGUUGUGUUCCUCAUGGUGUUGUACUUGAACAGAAGAGGCAUCAAGAGGUGGCUUAAUAACAUUAGAGAUGCCUGCCGGGAUCAAAUGGAGGUGUAUCAUUACAGAUAUGAACAGGACUCAGAUCCCAGGUUAGCAAAUGUUGCAGUUUAAGCGGAAUCUUCUGACCUCAUCUUCUUGAAUUAUUUGAUGAAACGCUAUGACAACGAAACUGGAGUUUUGUGGCUUUUAAGUCCAUGUAUGUUAGCUUUAGGACAAGCACUCUUAAAAGUUAACGAAAUUAACUUUCAGCAGAUAUACACUUUUUCAAUAAACUUUUAAGGUUCAGGAAAAUGGAUAUGGAAUUUCACUAUUUCAGUAACUCAUCUUGUCCAAUAAAAUGUUGGAAUGGGAAUGCCCCUCCCACCUGUCUGGGACCAGCAAUCAAGAAGGCAGUGUUUUUGCUACAAGCCAUUGAGAUGAAUGGGAAUGCUAACGGGUAGCUUUCUGCAGGUAUUACAGAUCUCAUUGCAAGCAAUAGAAAGCAACAAAUCAUGUUUCACGACUGUGACGUAAAUGGAAGACUAUUAACUAUUUUCAAAAGAUCCUUAGCCAAAAAUUCAUGUUUCAAUAGGAAAAAUUGUCAAUACAGCAAAGACAACAGGGCUCAUUAAGCGAUUUCAUCGCUUUAGCUGUUCAUUUGUAUUAGAUGCUAUGG